GCCGUGCGAUCGCGCUGGGAGGAAGUGCUACGAGACCACGGCGGACGUGCAGGGGGAAGGUCGCACGCCUGUCAUCGUUCCUGAAGAAGAGCGCUAGACUCUCGCCGUGUGACUGAGUGACCGUGCUGCUCCCUGCUUUUCUCAUGAAGGGCAGCGAGCCUGAGAGUGGCGACUGUUCGCCCGCCACAGAGACCUCUCCGUUCCAACCUCAUCCGGGCGAGGCCGAGGUCCGGGGCGCCGGCGAAGCCAAGUCCCGUAAGUCGGGGGGCGGGUUCUGCUGCUUCCCGCCGCGAGCCACCAUGGACCUGCCCGUGCUCGCCCAGCCCGGCCUGGGCACGACCACCACCACCGUGACCACCAUCACCCAGACCGGCGGGGCCUGGAGCACGGGCCUCUUCAACGUGUGCGCGGACAUACCCACGUGUGUUGUUGGAGGCCUGGUUCCCUGCUGCCUGGACCUGAGUCUGGCCCACCACUACGGAGAGUGCCUGUGUCUGCCCCUGCUUCCCGGGUCCACCUUCGCCAUGCGUGUCGGGAUCAGGGAGAGGUUCAAAAUCCAGGGUAGCGCGUGCGAAGACUGGACCACCGUGUACUGCUGCUACCCCCUCGCCGUCUGCCAAAUGAUCCGGGAGGUGAAGACGAGGAUGAAGAGCCAGAUCUACCAGGUGUCCACUACGCUGGAGAGCUCUUGAGGGUCCGCACCCGACACGUCAGAUUUCGGGGGUUUUGUGGGGGGUGUGGGGGGUGGUUCGGGAUUGGGUUGAGGGGAGUACACUUAGCCGGCAGCAUUUUAUCCAGUCGUUUUCUUUUUUUCCCUGCCAUUUGGGAAAUUUCUGGAUCUUUUCCAGAUGACGGGAGAGGGAAUUCCCUUCGGGGACAUGAAAGCAGGUGUUCAUCCAGCUGUCAGCUUUGGGACGCGAAACGUCUCCUGUUCAGAAAGGAAAGCUUUGUGUGACAAAAACAGCAGUAAAACAGCUCUCUGUCUGAUCAUUACUGCUUAUGUUUUCAUACAAAAAAAAAUGUAAUAAAUAAAUGAAAUGGCUUUUUUUCCUUUAACACAAA